GUCUCUAGGGGAAUUUAGGCAUGUAGACAUGAUAUUAAUUAACGUGACUGUCCGAUAGAUAAGAAGGAACACGAGAUUCUAUCGCCCUCUUCUGAUAUCGAUACGACUGCUCUUUCCUGUAUCAUGGCUACUCAAACUUCGAAGAACGAAUACCCAGCGUACGAGUCGAGAUAUAUACAGUCAGCGGAAACGCAAUCAAUUCCCACCAGAGCAGAUUUGCUGAAUCCAGCUCUGACUUUCAUCAAUCCCAUCACGGCAGCUCCAUUCUCCGCAAUCCAGAAUCUCUUUGAUUAUCUGGCACAAAAUCCCCAGACCGCUGCAGCUCUUAACGAUGUUUACUCUCUCCGUGGCAUCUUCAAGGCUGCUGCCACCAAAAAUCCAACAUGCGACCAAAAGCUCACGAUUGACCUCUCGCCCACGCGGAUUGAACGCAUCCCAUCUGCUCUACAAAUCGAACUUGCUCCACACGGAUUGGUUGACAUUCUUGCUUUCUUCGACACGAUCUCUCAACACUAUGUUACACAGAUCUUGACCCUUCUCAGCGCCAUCGCUGGACGCGAUCUAGCAUCGUUGCACGCCGACUUUAAUGUAAACUUUCGAGUCAUUGACUACACUACCACGACUGCGUCUCCUCAAAGCCCGAACGGCUGCGGCGCGCACACCGACUACGGUACUUUCAGCAUAAUCUUUCAAGACGGCAAUGCAGGCCUCGAGAUGGAGGCGCCUGGGGCACCAGGCACGUGGGUGCCCGUGCCUGGCAACGCGACUGUAUUGCUGUGUGGGUGGUGUGUAGUGAUAUUAAGUGGAGCUAAGGUAGCGGCAGUACGUCACCGUGUUCGACGUGUGCCUGGAGUGCGACGCCUAUCAGCAGUGUUGUUUGUGGCACCCGACCUGGAUGUAAAGUUGGCGCCUGUAGAGAGAGUAGACGCAUUCUCGGACACGGUAAAUCAGGGUCUUUUUGAUGUGCGAUGGUUCAAGGAGGAGAUGGGAAAGAAAUGGCGAUACCGAGAAGGCAACGGGAAGAUCGGGGAUGAUAGGCUCGAGCAGGAUAAUGACAUAGGUCAGUUAAUUUGGAAGAGCUUCUGAAGUUUAGCAAUUCACGAAUACUUUGUCUACCUUGUCCAUGAGCUGGUAUGUUAGGGUUUUGGGUGCCCAACGGCAGUAUGCGACUCAUGGCGACGCGAUGACUAGUCCUGUCUCUUUCACCCAAGAGUUUUUCGGUCCUCAAGAGCAGUACACCAUUAGACGCCUCCCAAACGCCCCAACCUUCCCGCCGCGGUUUCACGGAACGAACGAGGAGGACCGCUUCCUACCAACGGCCACAACUGGAACCGGACAGGCUCCGGUUCCUCCAACUAGAUGAGUGGGAUGAGCAUAAUAGCUAUGGAGAGGAUGUGCCGAUCUGCCUCAACUACUCGAUCGAAUGGAAGGUCUUCCUUAAUAAUAA